CAGCGCGUGGAGAGGCGGGGGAUUGCGAACAGAGCGACUGAGUGGAGGUCUGCUGCGGACUUCAGUCGGAGCAGCCGACAGUGAAAUAGGUGGGAAAAGUUCCUGUGAAACUAGCUGUACGGUGGACGCGGGACACAGAGACCCCACUGGAGUUUUUCGAGUCCAGCCGUUCCCCCAGUCAGACAUGAGGAGCCCUCCAGGCGUGGGUCACUGAGCAGCUGAGGUCAGAGUUCAAGUGCUUGUUCUGGCAGUCAUGGCUGACAGAGAGGGACUGCCGGUCGCCCCGGGCCAGGUCUACAUCGAGGUGGAGUACGACUAUGAGUACAAGGCCAAAGACAAGAUGGUGACUAUCCGCCAGGGGGAGUGGUAUAUGCUGGUGAAGAAGACCAAUGAGGACUGGUGGCAGGUGAAGAAGGAGGAAGGCACAAAGGCCUUUUAUGUGCCGGCGCAGUAUGUCAGGGAGGUGCGUCGGGCACUCAUGCCCCCCCAGAAGCCCACCUUGAGGGCCAAGCCCACUGUUUUGGAUAUCUGCCGGGCGUCCAAUGAAAACCUCAACAGACCCCAGCCAGAAAUGUCCAGCUUUGGGCGUCCAUCACCUUCCUCUACCCCUUCGCCAUCCUCUGAUCGCGUCACACCACCAGUUCUGCCCAAGGAUGCUAACCAGAAUCUGGGGAGUCCACAUCACUGCAAGGUGGUGGCUGAACUAGUACUUCUUCACAACAACAACAACCAUCACCACGCCAACAAUUCCACGUUGCCAAGGACACGGGCAGACUCGCCUCCGCUCAAAGCGGGGAACAACCACAACAAAAGUCCCGAUAGCGACAAGACCUCACCACCGGGUGACUUGCCAGGAGAGGGGCUGAACAAAAUCCACAAUGACUCCGAGUCUGGGGACGAGCUCAGCAGCAGCUCAACAGAACACAUGCAGACAACAUCACCCACAGGUCAGGGCCGGUCCGACUCGCCGGUCUACACCAACCUCCAGGAGCUGAAGAUCUCUCAGUCCAGUCUGCCGCCCGUCCCCUCCAGCUCCCCUCUCCACAUCCUGGGCGACUGGGAGACCCACAAAGACCUGAGCGGCAGGCAUUUCUACUACAACCGCGCCACCGGAGAGCGGACCUGGAAGCCGCCACGCACCAGGGACACGAGUGGGAGCACCAGCAGCAUCCGAGGAGACAGCCAGGGCACAGCAGAGAGUGAGCCGCUGUCCUCAGAGGAGAACUGUCACAGCACCCACUCAAGUCAGUCUGACAGCCAGUACGGGUCGCCCCCUAGAGGCUGGUCUGAGGAGCUGGAUGAACACGGACACACACUCUACGUCUCUGAAUACACACAGGAGAAGUGGAUAAAACAUGUGGACGAACAAGGCCGGCCUUACUACUACAGUGCUGAUGGGUCCAGGUCAGAAUGGGAGCUGCCUAAGUACAAUAUCUCCCCUCAGUCCGGAGAGGUUCCCAAGAGUCGCAGUCUGGAGAGGAAGCAGCAGGAUCCCAUCGUCCUCACCAAGUGGAGACACAGCACCUACGUCUUAGACCUCAACGACAAGGAGUGUGCUCCGGCGCCCAAGCAGAGCUCUCCAGACUCUGACUCCUGCCCCUCAUCUCCUAAGCACCCCUCGACACCGUCAGAGAAGUGCGGAGUCCUCAAUGUCACCAAAAUCACAGAAAAUGGAAAGAAAGUCAGGAAGAACUGGACCUCCUCGUGGACAGUGCUGCAGGGUUCCUCCCUGCUCUUUGCUAAGGGUCAAGGAGGCAGCACCAGCUGGUCUUACUACCGCAGCGGCUCCAUCCCUGAGCUGCUCCUCACGCUCCUUAGCAACUGGAAGCGCUCAGUCAAGCCCCGCCCUGCUGUCUCCUAUGUGAACUGUAGGCCUGUGCAGGCUGCCGCUAAGUUCGGAAGCAACCAGUCGAAGCCCGAGUUCACCGUCGAUCUGCGAGGGGGGUCGGUGGAGUGGGCCUCCAAGGACAAGUCGAGCAAGAAACACGUCAUCGAGCUGAAGACUCGUCAAGGGACGGAGUUGCUGAUUCAGUCGGAGAUCGACAGUGUCGUCAACGAUUGGUAUCGGGCCCUCACAGAGACCAUCAACACACAUGCCUGGGAGUCAGAUGAGGCCAUUGAGGAGGACAUGCCAGAGUCUCCAGGAGCUGAGAAACAGGACAAGGAGAAAGACCACCGGGAUUCCAAAAAGAACAGAGUGAUGAAGACCUCUGUGAGUAUGGACUCAUCAGACCAGAAGAAAACCAGAAUGAAGCUCAAGAAGUUCCUGAUACGUCGACCCACCUAUCAGGCAGUCCGAGACAAGGGCUACAUCAAAGAUCAGGUGUUUGGCUGCAGUCUGACCAGUCUGUGCCAGCGGGAGAACACAUCGGUGCCCAACUUUGUCAAAAUGUGCAUCGACCAUGUGGAGAACACAGGUCUCAGUAUUGACGGCUUGUAUAGAGUGAGCGGGAACCUGGCCGUGAUCCAGAAGCUCCGCUUUGCUGUAAAUCACGAUGAGAAGGUGGAUCUGAAUGACAGUAAGUGGGAGGACAUCCACGUGACCACCGGAGCUCUCAAGAUGCUCUUCAGGGAGCUUCCCGAGCCUCUCUUCUCAUACGGAUCCUUCAAUGACUUUGUUAAUGCCAUCAAAUGCUCCGACUACAAGCAGCGAGUGAAUUCAAUCAAAGACUUAAUCAAUAAGUUGCCAAAACCCAACCACGACACAAUGCAAGUCCUCUUCAAACACCUGCGCAGGGUGAUCGACCACGGGGAGGCCAACCGCAUGACCACCCAGAGUGUGGCCAUCGUGUUCGGACCCACGCUGCUCCGGCCCGAGACCGAGACAGGCAACAUCGCGGUCCACAUGGUCUACCAGAACCAGAUAGUGGAGCUCAUACUGCUCGAGUACGAAAGCAUCUUCGGCAGGUAGAGGCACCCACCUGGGAAGAGGAUGCAGGGCUUCUUCAAACACAAGCUUCUUUUCCUUUUUUCCCCCCUUUUCUUUGACUGAGCUGAACAUUGCUGUGGACCAAGCAGUUAGGAGAAAAAAAAUCGAAUUCACAUUCAUUGACGGGACAGUUUACGUAAAGUGUUGCACUUACAGAAGUUUUGCAGAUGAAUUAAGAAAAAAAAAAAAAAAAAGGUGUACAGAUUUCACCCGCUUUUUUUCAGUUGCCAUUCCUGCUACGAGUAGCGGGCCGGACAAUGGACAGUGUUUCAGAGUGAUGCCGUGGUGACGUCCGUGUGAUUUUGGUGGAUUUGAGUAUUCAGGUGUUUUCACAUACACUGGAUCCCUGUGGCCAGUAAUUUUCGAACUUCAAAGCGGAGCCGGUGGCACCCUUCGCCUACUGGUUGGAAGCCGACCGUAACUUGGCGGGGGGGCGGCCAAACCGGCAAACCUCAUCAUCCCGCUGAGGGAAGGAACAGAGUCUGGACUGGAUAGGUUUCUGCGUUGUGGAGCUUUGUCUGUGAUGUGUCAGCCGUACGUGGUUUUGGAUUAGGUGGAAAAAAUAAUCAGUGUUACGUUAACAGUCUGUCUUUUGGCACUUGGAUGAACUGGAGUUACAGAUUGUGUCCCCCAAUUUCCCACAAUCCCACUUCAGUACCCUAACCCUUAAGUGACACCAUCACCGCCCUUCCUCCCUCGACCCCCACCUCCCCCCUCUCUACCAGUGUUAAGCAUUAACCCUGUGACACGAGCGUCCUGUGACUUGAAUGAUGGAGGACAGACCCUCUGUGUGUGUGUGUGUGUGUGUGUGAGCAAAUUAACCUAAAUGGAAUAAAACCUGAGCAGAAGCACCCUCGUCUUGCCACUUUGUACAAACUGUGUGUCGUUUAGUCUUACGUGCUUUGGUAGUUUCUGUUAAGCUGCCGAGGGUCAUCGUCAGUGCUCCUAUGUGAACUUCAGUGUUGGAUUCUUCAGUGGCAGGUAAAGUCACAGAGGUCCUGGUUGUUACUGGAAAACAGUAAAAGUGGAUUUCUGGGAACUGCAGUGUUACCGAUUUUUACAUGAAUUGUCUCUGACUGUCGGCUUGAUGACCCUUCUCUUCACCUAAGCUAACGUUAAAGAGUAUCCAGAGAACGGGAAUUGGUACUGAGAAUAUUUCAAAGGUUGAUGUAUGGGAGCGUAUGGGUGUUAGAA